GAAAACAAGUUUACGACCUUCAAAAACUUUGGUUGCUGUUGUUUGUUUCGAGUGGGUCUCGCCGUCUCGGCUUGACGGCUGGGUCCAUGUAAACUCUCCGACUUACACGCUAGCGUCCUUGUCGUCUCCUCACGAUUGCAGGCUUGCAGCUGCUCGCUCUUCUGUCUUCUCUCUACUCCAGCGGCGACCCUACCAACCCUCUCUCUAUAUGUUGUCUCUCCCUUCCGGAGCCUUUACAUCUUCUACAGGUUCUCGAAUCCCUCUUGUCCAAGCAUUAAAAUACCUCUUCCUCUCCUUCCCUUUCUUCUCUGUAACACUGUAAGCCCUAAUUCACCCCAUCAAACGCAAACCCAUUCCCUCUUCUACUCAUCUUUCCAGUUUCAUCCUUUAACCUCUCUCUGCCUCUCUCCCACUGAUUCAUUCUUCUCUAUCGCUUGCUCUUUUAAAUCUCAUCUCCUUGUUUUUAUAUAUUUUGGCUGUUCUGGAAGCAUGUGUUCCAGCGGUGGGAAAGAAUAUGAUUCAAGAGCUGAACAUUACACACCAGGUCCUGCCUCCUUCGAUGGUUCUACCCACUUUGAUUCCUUCUUUUCACUUGUUUCUCAAUCUCCUCGACAAAACCCCAACCUUUCUUUCUUUGAUCCUUCACCUAAUUACUUCCACUCUCUCUCCCAAUCUCACCCGGCCGCCUCAGUUCCCGAUUCCGAGCCUACUUGCACCCAUCUGCCAGACCUACCGUUAUCGUCGUCAUCGUCGUCAUUCCUGUCUGCUGGUAAUCAAUCAGUCGGAGGGUGUUGCCGAGAGGCUGUCCGGGAGCACGAUAAUGCAGUACGGAACUCGAAGAAGCGAAGCAGAGCAUCACGGCGGGCUCCCACGACCGUUCUGACCACGGACACCUCCAAUUUCAGAUCCAUGGUUCAAGAGUUCACCGGUAUCCCGGCUCCUCCCUCUUCAGCCGCAUCCCAUUCUAGCCGUUUCCACCCGUUCCGACCAUCCCCCUGGUUCCUUCACCCCCAAAACCCAUCUUUAACUUUAUCGUCGUCUUCCAAUAUUAAUACCACUGCUUCCCCUUCUAAGAAUGUGGUUGAUCUUAUUGGCCCCCCCUCCACCACUCAUAAUUCCUCAGCUUCUCAUCAACUCCCACCUGAUCUGGGCUUCGCUUUCCAAGCACCUCUCCCUCUCCCUCUUCCUGAGAGAUUCAGCUCAAACUCUCAACCUUCUGGAUCUGGGUACGAACCAUGCUCCGCUGAAUCCCCGUUUUCUGAGUGGCCUAUCAAUGCCACUAGCUUUUGGCCUUCCCACUUCUAGUGGAGGAGGAACAAGAGAUCAACCGAACGCCUUAUUGGACGGCUCUAAGGCAUCCACUUUCGUCCUGCAGCUUUUACCAUCACAACAAGACCCUCCACAUCAAUGCCUCUAACACGGAAAUGGAGCCCCCCUCAUUCCCGGACUUGUUCUUAUGAUUAGGAAUCCUGCUCACCCAAUGUAUUAUUACCAGCUAGAGUCAAUGAUGCAAUGAAUUGAUAUCAUCAUUUUAGUGGUUUGUGUUGAUAAUUGUAUUUCUAGUGAUACCUUCGCUUUUUCCUUUUUUUUUUCCCUUCCCCCUACUCAUUUACAUAUCCUGAUUUAUAUAUUGCACUCGAGUACCAGAUGAUAUUUUUUAUUUUCCUCCCUCAGUGGCUUUAAUUGAAAAUUUUAUCCAUGACUGUUGUGGCAUUAAUAUUAGCGUAUAAAUUAUAUAAUGGCAGGAGCGAAGUAAAUUGAUGUUAAUUUCGUUGUGAUUGCUGUGUUGAUAUUAUGAUUACGAUCUACAAGGAGUUAACUGAUCUGGGAACAAGUGAAUAACCAUUUUGAAAGCUCUCAACACACGCACGCACGCACAGCCUGGUUUGAUUUGGAAUGAUAGAGAAUGUCGGGAGGUACGUGCGGAUGUUGAGUGAGUGACGUGGAGAAAGAAGAGAAUGCGGGAGGUGGUUGGUGAUGCCGCCACUGACCGCUGCAAAUGGAUCGGUGUCGAUUAAAUUAGGCAAAGACGUGGAGGAGUGGUCGGUGUGUUUAAUUUGUCGGCAGUUCUUACCUUAUUCAUGCCACCCCUCUUGUCUGAUGGGUUCAAUUUGGUGCGUCACUGUCCUGUUCUCUGGUCGC